GGGCGGCUGCUAUGGCAACGCGGCAGGAGGCGAGCGGGCGGCGCGCGCGGGGGUCCCCGUCCGCCCCGGCGUCGGGGGCCGACCCGUCCCCUCCGGUGCUGCGGCUCAGCCACUUCUGCGCCGCUCCGUUCCUGUGCUUCGGGGACGUCCGCGUGGGCGCGUCCCGGACGCGGGCCCUGGUCCUGCAGAACCCGCACGCGGAGCCCCUGCGGGUGGAGCUGUCGCUGCUGCGCGCCGCGGGCCAGGGCUUCAGCGCCGAGCCCAGCCACUGCGAGCUGAAGCCUGAAGAAAAAGUUACUGUUUCUGUUACCUGGGCGCCAGUGAAGGAAGGAAGAGUAAGGGAGAUUGUGACGUUUCUUGUAAAUGAUUUUCUUAAGCACCAGGCUAUAUUACUAGGAAAUGCAGAAGAGGACAGAAAGAAAAAGAGAAGUCGCUGGAAUACCAUUAAGAAGAUUCCAACCUCUUCAAAACAUAAUAAAAGGACUUCCAAAAGCCAAAAUUGUAAUGAAGCAUUUACCAUUUCACAAAAGGUUGGCAGAGUUAGGAGCCCAUUGCAGGCCUGUGAAAAUCUGGGUAUGAGUGAAUGCUGUUCUCCGACAGAAAACAGUUCUUUAUCUCUUGAAGAAAACAAAGUACCCACCUCAUCUGUUAGCCCCGUCAAAGAGUGCCAGAAUGAAUCCUGCUUGACAGUGCUUUUCCACAUGUCUACUGCCUAUUCAUCUCUGCAUGGAUCCAAAAAUGCACGUUUAAAAGUACAAGAUGCCGGUGUUUCAGAUGAUUUUAACUUUAACGAGAAGGUCACAAAUGAGUCUCCUCUUAAUCCCGUUAAUAUUAGUGACCGAAGAGAAGGAGAGAAGGGUGAAAUUCCUCUUGCCCCAAACUGUUCAUCACCUUUGAGUAUUACACAAAGCCCAAUCAAUUUCCUGAGUCCAAAUUCUUUUGUAUACAACAGCGAUGCAUCUGAUAAUGGCCUAGGACUAGUGAGGAAUGUUUUAUCAGAAACAUUUAGGAAAGACAACUCAGGGUCUCUGUGUUUGGAAUCCCAUAACAUACGUGACGUUUGCCAAACAAUCCUAAGCCCAGAUUCUUUUUUAAAUGAUAAUUAUGGACUUAAAAGAGCUCUUGAAUCAGAUUCAGCCAAUCCCGUUUCAUCUCCAACACAGUUUUUAAAGGACAAUAUGGUACACGUAGGUCAGCAAACAUCAAAGUUAUCAGCAUUAUCCAAUAAAACUUCCCAGGACUGGAGAGUAAGGGAAGGUUUAGCAUGUAGCCUGGAGCUUCUGCACUCAGAAACUCCCAAAGUCUGCUUUGAAAAACAAAACCCCGAGGAAAUAAAAUCUCAUAACCCGGGUUUUACGAAACAUCCCAGUAUUUCUGACGCUUCUCUUUGUAACCAGAAUAAGCAACCAAAGAGACGCCCGAUACUCUCUGCCACUGUUACCAAAAAGAAGCCUGGCAGCGCCAGAGAAAAGCUACCAGAGAUUGAUAAGCCGAAUGCAAAGAGAUGUCUCAGGGGUCUAGUAGGCAAAUGUGGAGACCACGAAAGGGCUAACCUAGAAGAGAAAGGUCGUCAUUCCCAUCUCCCGGUCGUAGAGCCAGUAACCAGUAAACCCGAGGGUUAUAAAAAUGAAGCGACGCCUUUAGCUACAGCCUCAGUGUCUCGUAAAAGGAAGAGCAGCAGCGGGACCACGGGAGGCGCAAAUGGAAGGCUAAGUGUUGUUACAGAACAUGCAGAUGUGUGUGAGAUCAAACGAAUCCACUUCUCUCCUCCCGAAUCUGCAUUGUCUACUACUGCGAGAGCCAAGAGGAAAGAAACACUCACCUCUAAACAUCUCAGCAACUGGGAGAAAUCCAGCCAGAUGAAGAAAACCGAUUCGUUAGUAUUAAAAACGCCUCUCUCUAAAACAAAGAGAAGGACACGACCCAUUGUCGCUGUGGCACAGUCUCAUCUGACCUUCAUCAAGCCUCUAAAAGCAGCUAUUCCUAGACACCCAAUGCCUUUUGCCGCAAAGAACAUGUUCUAUGACGAACGCUGGAAGGAGAAGCAGGAACAGGGUUUCACUUGGUGGCUGAAUUACAUACUAACACCCGAUGACUUCACCGUGAAAACACAUGUUUCUGAAGUAAAUGCUGCCACCCUGGUUUUGGGAGUGGAGAGCCAACAUAAAGUGAGUGUCCCGAAAGCACCCACCAAAGACGAAGUUUCCCUCAGGGCUUACACGGCCAGCUGCAGGAUGAAUAGAUUACGGCGAGCAGCCUGCUCCUUGUUCACUUGCGAGAAAAUGGUCAAAGCUAUCAAAAAGCUUGAAAUUGAAAUUGAAGUUGGGCGGCUAAUUGUACGGAAAGACAGACACCUCUGGAAAGAUAUUGGAGAACGACAAAAAGUCCUGAAUUGGCUGCUGUCUUAUAAUCCUUUGUGGCUUCGAAUCGGCCUGGAGACGGUUUAUGGGGAACUGAUCCCUCUGGCAGAUAACAGCGAUGUCACAGGGUUGGCUAUGUUCAUUCUAAAUCGCUUACUUUGGAGCCCUGAUCUAGCAGCCGAGUACAGACACCCCGCCGUUCCCCUCCUGUUUCGAGACGGUCACGAAGCAGCAUUGUCUAAGUUCACGUUGAAAAAAUUACUGUUGUUGGUGUGUUUCCUUGACUACGCUAAAAUCUCCAGACUCAUUGAUCACGACCCUUGUCUCUUUUGUAAAGAUGCUGAAUUCAAGGCCAGUAAAGAACUUCUCCUAGCCUUUUCGCGGGAUUUCCUGAGUGGCGAAGGUGACCUUUCUCGCCACCUUAGCCUGUUGGGAUUGCCUGUGAGCCACAUGCAGACACCACUUGACGAAUUUGAUUUUGCUGUUACGAAUCUUGCUGUGGACCUGCAAUGUGGGGUGCGCCUUGUGCGAACCAUGGAACUUCUCACACAGAACUGGAGUCUGUCAAAGAAACUCAGGAUCCCUGCAAUAAGUCGGGUUCAAAAGAUGCACAACGUUGACAUUGUUCUUCAGGUCCUCAAGUCACGAGGGGUUCCACUAACUGAUGAGCACGGAAACACUAUCUUGUCUAAGGAUAUCGUAGAUAGACACAGAGAAAAAACGCUCGGGCUGCUUUGGAAAAUAGCAUUUGCUUUUCAGGUGGAUGUUUCCCUUAAUGUGGAUCAAUUAAAGGAAGAAAUUGAUUUCCUAAAACACACAUACAAUAUAAAAAGAGCAAUGUCUGCCGUAUCGCGCCAUUCUCGGGCUGGUGCUAAUAAGCAAAGCGACAGAAGGCUUAGCGGGUGCUUUGAACACUAUGGAGACAGUGUUAAGUUGUUGGUGGAGUGGGUAAAUGCCGUUUGUGCCUUCUACGAUAAGCAGGUGGAGAAUUUUACAGUGUCCUUCUCAGACGGCCGUGUACUGUGUUACCUGAUCCACCAUUACCACCCGUGCUAUGUGCCUUUUGACGCCAUAUGCCAGCGCACUACGCAGUCCGUGUCCUGUGCACAAACUGGCUCAGUGGUAUUGAAUUCUUCGUCCGAAUCUGACGGGGGCUGUCUGGAUCUGUCUCUUGAAGCACUUGACCACGAAAGCACUCCAGAGCUAUACAAAGAGCUUCUAGAAAAUGAAAAGAAAAAUUUCCAUCUAGUGAGAUGUGCAGCCAGAGAUCUUGGAGGAAUACCUGCUAUGAUUCAUCAUGCAGACAUGUCAAACACGAUUCCAGAUGAAAAGGUGGUUAUUACCUAUUUGUCAUUUCUUUGUGCAAGGCUUUUGGAUCUCCGUAAAGAAAUAAGAGCUGCCCGACUUAUACAGGCAACUUGGAGAAAACAUAAACUGAAAAGGGACCUAAAACUUCAUCAGGAAAGAGAUAAAGCUGCCAGAAUUAUUCAGUCAUUUGUUCUCAGUUUUCUAACCAGACGAAGAUUGCAGAAACAGGCCGAUGCAGCUCUGGUCAUUCAAAAAUGUUGGCGAAGAUUUUUGGCACGUAGACACCUGAGAAUACUGAAAAUUGAGAAGCUGGCCAGACUUCAGAGAAAAUCAGCAUCGCUUAUUCAGGCUUAUUGGAGAAGAUACUCCACCAGAAAACAGUUUCUGAAGUUGAAAUACUACUCAGUCAUCCUUCAGUCCAGGAUAAGAAUGAAAAUCGCUCUUAGGGCUUACAAGCGUUAUCUUUGGGCCGCAGUUACUGUUCAGAGGCGUUGGCGUGCGUGCGUAAGAAGAAAACAAGAUCAAUGUAGAUUUAAGAUGCUGAAACGGUCCACCCUCGUAAUCCAGUGCGUGUUCAGAAGGUGGAAACGACGGAAGCUGCAGUUACAAACUCAGGCUGCAGUGACGUUGCAGCGGGCAUUUAGAGAGUGGCAUCUCAGGAAACAAGCCAGAGAACGAUCUGCUAUUGUGAUACAGUCAUGGUAUAGAAGGCACAGGCAAGUGCAGAGGUAUAUUCAUAUCAGAUCUUGUGUUGUGGCCAUCCAGAGAAGAUUUCGGCGCUUUCAAGCCCAGAAAUUUUACCAGAGAAGGAAACACGCUGUCUUGACUCUCCAGAGGCACUACAGGGCAUAUCGGAAGGGGAAGCUAGCACGCACCGACUAUCUUCAGAAAAAAGCCGCCGCCGUCCGACUGCAGGCUGCAUUCAGGAGGAUGAAGGCUCGCAAUUCACACAGGCAAGUUCGAGCUGCCUGUGUUCUUCAGUCCUAUUGGAGAAUGAGACGGGAAAGAGUUCGAUUUUUAAACCUUAAAAAGAUUGUGAUCAGGUUGCAAGCGCACAUAAGAAAACAUCAACAAUUACAGAAAUACAGAAGGGUGAAGGAAGCAGCUGUUGUAAUUCAGACUCGUUUCCGAGCUUCCGUUUCAGCCAGGAAGGCUCUGGAAUCUUACCAGAAAACACGGUCUUCAGUCAUCAUUCUCCAGUCGGCAUUUAGAGGAAUGCAAGCCAGGAAAACGUUUAGUCAUACUUUAAAAUCCGUUGUAAAGAUUCAGUCGUAUUAUCGGGCUUAUGUAUCCAGGAAGAAAUUUCAGAGCUUCAGAGAGGCCACAAUAAAGCUGCAGUCCAUUGUCAGAAUGAAGCAGACACGUAAGCAGUAUUUACAUUUAAGAGCGGCUGCACUCUUCAUCCAGCAGCGGUACCGCUCCCAGCGGCUGACCAAGCAAAAGAGAAAGGAAUACACGCAGCUGCGCGAAUCCUGUAUCAAACUGCAAGCGUAUUUUAGAGGAUGCCUGGCCCGGAGGCAGAUGAGGCUGCGAAGCAAAGCUGCCGUUUCCCUACAGGCUUACUUCAGAAUGAGGAAAAUGAGGCAGCGGUACCUGAGGAUGUGCAAGGCAGCCCUUGCCAUUCAGAAUUUCUACCGAGCCCACAGAGCACAAGUCAGGCAAAGGAAGAAAUUCUUGCAGGUCAGGGAAGCAGCCAUUUGUUUGCAGGCAGCUUUCAGAGGCCACCAAGUGCGCCAGGUAAUCAAGUGGCAGUCUGCAGCCGCUGUUACAAUUCAGAGGGUUUUUAGAGGCUACAGUCAGAGGGUGAAAUUCCAAACUCUGCUUCAGUCUGCUUUGAAGAUUCAGAGAUGGUACAGGGCACGCAAGAUUGCCCAUGAUGUGCGAACACAAUUUCUCAUGACAAGAGUGGCUGUGGUUUGUCUCCAGUCCGCCUACCGUGGCUGGAGGGUUCGGCAGCGGCUCCGGAGGGAGCAUGAGGCUGCAGUGAGGAUCCAGUCUACUUUUAGAAUGGUCCUGGCCCUGAAACGGUUUCAGCUACUAAGAGCAGCAGCAGUAGUCAUCCAGCAGCGUGCCAGGGCAUGGACUGCGGGGAAGAGGCAGCGCUUGGAGUACCUUGAGCUCCGUCGCGCAGCCCUGGUCCUUCAGGCCACAUGGAAAGGAAGGACCCUGAGAAGACAGAUGCAGAGGCAGCGUGAAUGCGCUGCCCUCAUACAGUCAUAUUACAGAAUGCAUGUUCAGCGGAGGAAGUGGAAGGCCACGAGAGCAGCUGCUGUGCGCAUUCAGGUGUUCUACAGGACCCACAAAGCUGGAAAAGAACAGCGCCAUUUAUAUUUGAAAACAAAAGCAGCCAUAGUAACUUUACAGGCGGCUUACCGUGGUAUGGAAGCAAGGAAGCGAAUAAAAGAGGGCAGCAAAGCAGCCAUCACCCUACAGUCUAAAUUUAGAGCUUACAGAAUCCAGAAGAGAUUCAAGAGCUGCAGAGCUUCAGCUGUCAUGAUUCAGAGAUGGUAUCGGAACACUAAAAUUACAGCCCAGCAGCGUCAGGACUAUCUUACCUUAAGGGGAGCAGCAGUUAAAGUCCAAGCUGUGUAUAGAGGUGUUAGAGUGAGAAGGCACAUUCGACACAUGCACGUGGCGGCCACACUUAUUAAAGCCAUGUUUAAGAUGCACCAAUCGAGAGUAAGGUACCUCGGGAUGAGAAGAGCAGCUGUUGUGAUUCAGAGGAGAUUCAGAGCAUAUUGUCUAGGUAAAACUGAGCGCAAGAAGUACCUGUCAACUCUGCAGGCCGUUAGAACCCUUCAGGCAGGUGUCAGAGGAGCGAGGGUUCGGCGGGCUGCAAGAAAGAUGCACGUGGCAGCCACACUCAUUCAGUCUCACUUCAGGAGAUACAGACAGCAAACGUACUUUCAUAGGCUACAGGAGGCGACAAGAAUCAUACAGCAGAGAUUCCGAGCAGAGAGAGAAAGAAGCAUUCAGUUCCAGAGGUACCGUAGACUGAGACGCUCCGUAAUACUCAUUCAGGCUGCCUUUAGGGGACUAAAAGCUAGGAGACGCCUGAAAGCUAUGCAUGUAGCCGCCACUCUCAUUCAGAGGAGGUACAGAACUCUACUCACGAGAAGAAAAUUCCUCUCCCUCAGGAAGACUGUUGUUUGGAUCCAGAGACAGUUCCGCGCAAAUCUUCACACCAGGAACCGCCAACAGUUUCUGUUGAGGGCAGUCGUUAAAAUCCAGUCAUCAUACAGAGGAUGGGCGGCCAGGAAAAGGGUGCAGGAGAUGCACAAGGCUGCCACUGUGAUCCAGGCCACCUUCAGAAUGCACCGAGCCUUCGUGAGGUACCGGGGUCUGAAGCAGGCCUCGGCUGCGAUCCAGAAGCGAUACCAAGCACACAGAGCCGCAAAACUGCAGAGGCAGCUUUUCGUCAGACAAAGACAUGCUGCUGUGAUCCUUCAGGCCGCCUUCAGGGGGAUGAAAACCAGAAGUCAGUUGAAGACCAUGCAUUCUUCUGCAACCCUUAUUCAGAGUAAAUUUAGAGCUUUAGUAGUAAGGAGGAGAUUCAUUACUCUCAGAAAAGCUGCUAUAUUUGUUCAGAGGAAAUACCGAGCCACCAUUUACACCAAGAGUGAAUUGCGCCAAUUCUUGGAGUUACGGAAGGCAGCCAUUACAAUACAGUCAUCUUAUCGGAGACUGGCGGUGAAAAGGAAGUUACAAGAAAUGCACAAGGCUGCAGUUCUUAUCCAGGCUACUUUUAGGAUGCACAGAACAUAUGUCAGGUUUCACACUUGGAAACGCGCCUCGAUCAUAAUUCAGCAGCAUUAUCGAGCAUACAGAGCUGCAAAACUGCAGAGAGAAAAACUUAGCGGGCACACCGGACAUGCUGCUGCCAUAACAAUACAAAGCAGAUAUAGGAUGCAUAGGCAGCGCCGUUUCUACCAGCAGCUUCGGUGGGCAGCAAAAGCAAUACAAGAAAAGUAUCGGGCAAAUAAAAGGAGACAGCAAGCUCUCCUGCUCAGUGCACACAAGGAAGAAACUGUUACGCAGAUGCAUUUCCAGGGUCUGAACACCACAAAACAAAUUCGGCAGCAGCACGCGGCUGCCGUGAUUAUACAGAAGCAUUUUAGAGCCUUUACAGCAAGGAGGCGUGCGGAGUGUGAAAGAGGCUCCCGGGCUGGAUGGAGGAAAUGUAAAGCUAAGAAAUACUUAUCCAAAGUGGAAGCUGCCUGCAGGAUUCAAGCCUGGUAUAGGUGUUGGAGAGCACGCAAGAGAUAUCUAGCUUUAGUAAAAGCUGCUAAAGUUAUUCAAGGAUACUUCUGUGCCAAGAUGGAGAGAAUGAGGUUCUUGAAGAUGAGAGCAUCGGCAAUUGUAAUUCAGAGGAAAUGGAGAUCCACACUCCUUGCAAGAGUAGCUCGUGAGAAGGCGAGAAGACCUCGGUCUGCCUGCUCGUUACAGGCCCAGGUUAGAGGUUAUAAGGGAACACAGUCUUUUCUACAGCAGAGAUCCGUUGUCUUGAUCAUACAGAGACAGCAAACCAGGGUGGCUGCGAAGUGUGAGAAGGUAAAAAUAAUCAAUUUUAAAAAGUCUACACUCACUUUACAAGCACUGGCGUGUGGCUGGUUAGUAAGGAAAGGAGUUUCAGAACAGAAAGCCAGAAUCCGACUUCUCCACUUUACGGCAGCUGCAUACUGUCACAUGUGUGCUCUUAGAAUCCAGCGAGCGUACAGAAUCCACGUGACAGUGAGGAGGGCUCGGGAGCACAUUGAUUCAGUCAUCGCUAUUCAGAGAUGGUUUCGAAGAAGAUUACAACAAAAGAGGUGUAUUGAACAGUAUCAUCGGGUCAUAAAAACGGACCGUGAAGUUCAAGCAUGUCAACGCCGGCAGAAUAGGGCUGCCUCCGUGAUACAGAAGGCAGUGCACCACUUUCUCCUGUGCAGAAGACAGGAAAAAAUCAAUAGCAGUGUCAUUAAAAUUCAGGCAUGGUGGAGAGGCUAUUCUUGGAGGAAGAAAAACGAUGGUACAGAAAUUAAAGCUAUCCGACUGAGCCUUAGGGCCAUCAACAGGAGCGUUGAGGAGGAGAACAGGCUGUACAGACGGACGGAGCGUGCACUCCAUCACCUGCUGACCUACAAGCACUUGUCCGCCAUUCUGGACGCCCUGAAGCACCUGGAGGUCGUUACCAGAUUGUCUCCGCUUUGCUGCGAGAACAUGGCUGAAAGUAGAGCCAUUUCUACAAUCUUUGCCGUGAUCCGAAGUUGUAACCGAAGCGUCCCUUGUAUGGAAGCUGUUGGAUAUGCUGUUCAAGUACUGCUGAACUUAGCAAAGUACGAGAAGACAACCUCAGCAGUGCGUGAUGCCGAGAAUUGCGUGGAGACGCUGCUGGAGCUUUUGCAAGUGUACCGAGAGAAGCCUGGCGACAGGCUUGCCGAGAAGAGUGCCCUCAUUUUCACGCGGACUUGCUGCUUGCUGUCUGUGCUGUUGAAGGCGGAGCACUGGGCUCCCGAUGUACAAAGUAGAUCAAAAGUUAUUGAUCGUAUUUAUCGCCUCUAUAAACUUACAUUUCCUAAGCACAAAGUGAAUAUGGAAGUGUUAUUUGAUAAGCAGAAGAAGAACUCCUGCGUGGGCUUUCCUUUUCCACCGGAGAGAUCUGUGAAGACCAGAGUAGUUUCAAGAUUUAAGCCACAGUGGGUUUUGAGGCGUGAUAAUAUGAAAGAAAUCACAAAUUCAUUGCAAGCCAUUCAACUGCUGAUGGAUACUCUUGGCAUUCCUUAUCAGUAAAUGGAAACAUUUCAGUGUAGGACUGUAAAUAAUUAUGCCAAUCAUGGUUACUUGGAGCAGUUUUUAAUUUUAAACUUUUGAAGAUGACUUUGUAUAAAAU